AUGGUCUACGUGGCCCUGCUGAACGGCCGCACCAUGCGCGCGGAGGAAACUUCCAUCAGCUCGGUGGAGGAGCUGCGAAGGUGCGCCGAGCUGGAGCUUCAGGUGGGAUUAGCCGCACUUGUCGAUGCAUCUGGGAAUCUCCUGUCCAGCUCAAGCACUCUUCAGGACGCUGGCAUCGCCGCAGAGGACACGGUGAUGGCUGUGGCCCGCAACGUGCAGGUGGCGGCGCAUCCUUUGGGCGUGGCCUUCGCACAAUUGCGGAGCGAUGGCACGGUGGUCACCUGGGGAAACAAGGAAGAUGGCGGAGAUAGCCGGCUAGUGCGUCACCAGCUUACAGAUGUGAAGCAGGUCUACGCGGCGAUGUCGGCCUUCGCGGCACUGAAGCUGGAUGGGACCGUGGUGACCUGGGGGGAUCCGAACCAGGGAGGCAGCGUUGGUGCGGAGCCGGGCGGUGUCCAGCAGAUCUUCCCGGGCACCAGCGCCUUCGCGGCGCUGCUGGGGGAUGGCACCGUGGCCGCCUGGGGCGACGGCCUGCGCGGGGGCGACGCGGCGCCGGUGAGGGCGGAGCUGUGGGACGUGGUCUGCGUGGCGGCGACCAGCGGUGCCUUCGCCGCGCUGCGGGGCGACGGCGCGGUGGUCACCUGGGGCGACGCCCAGCGCGGCGGGGACAGCCGCCAGGUAAGGCAGCAGCUCUGUGGUGUGCGGUCCGUGUGCGCAGCGGAGUCGGCCUUUGCUGCGCUGAAGGAGGACGGGACGGUCGUAUCCUGGGGUCAUGGCGCUCAUGGCGGCGAUAGCAUUGCAGUUCAAGGCCAGCUGCGGGAUGUGCGAAGCGUCCAUGCGAGCUCGGCAGCCUUUGCGGCGCUGAGAAGCGAUGGAUCUGUGGUGACCUGGGGGCAGCCAAGCCUUGACCGCUCUGGGAACUUGCGGCAAGUGCGCGAGAUCUUUUCUUCAGGCGGUGCUGCCAUUGGCGGCGAUACCUUUGCUGCACUCCGGGAGGAUGGGAGUGUUGUGACCUGGGGCGAUCCUUCGGAUGGCGGUGACAGCACUGCGGUGAGGGACCAAUUGAUGGACGUGCGGACCAUUUGUAUGGCAGUUUCCGCUUGUGCCGCCAUAUGCGGCGAUGGGAGAGUUGUCACCUGGGGGGAUGCCAACCAUGGCGGAGACAGUGAUGCUGUGCGCGAGCAGUUGACAGAGGUGAGACAGGUCUACGCCACCACUGCCGCCUUCGCGGCCUUGCGACAGGAUGGCUCCGUGGUGACGUGGGGCGAUCCUUUCCGCGGCGGCGACAGCAGCGCGGUUCAGGAUCAACUGCAACAUGUCCAGCAGAUCUACGCGGCGGGCUACGCAUUUGCCGCCGUUCGCCUGGAUGGGACGGUAGUGACUUGGGGGGCCCCCUCCUAUGGAGGGGACUUCAGCUUGGAACAGUCCCUUGACAGGAGGGACUUUGAUUGCGUGCAGAGCUGA